UUUAUUAUUCAUAUAUUUAGAAUUUACAUAUAUUGGCAUCAACUGGUUUUGUACAAACAAAUAUUUUAAUCUGAUAUACUCUAUUGGUUGGACAAAUUAUUUAACAUACCUGGUUUCCAUAACCGUGUGCUCAGCCAUUGUCAAGUGUCAGAUUAUUUCGCUGCUGAUUGUGUGUGAAAAACAUUGUUAGAGUUAAUACUUUUAUAUAGCUUUGUAUUAAUAAUUUAAAUAAUGGCUAGUAAUAAUGAAGACGAAGAAAAUGAAAAGCAAUUAAGUUUGGAAAUUCAUUUGAUACGUGAAAUGUUGCGUGAAAAAGAAACCGCUUUAUUGCAAUUAAGAGAGAAAAAGUGGCGAAAUCACACUGCCGAAGCGAGCAGUCUGACAAAUAAUGAAAUACUACGUUACAGUCGUCAAUUAAUAUUACCAAGUUUUGGUGUGCAAGGGCAAAAAAAACUUAAGGAAACAUCAUUUCUCAUAGUUGGAAUGGGUGGUUUGGGAUGUCCAGCAGCACAGUAUUUGGUAGCAGCAGGCUGUGGCCGAAUUGGUUUAGUUGAUUAUGAUUUCGUGGAUGGCACAAAUUUUCAUCGUCAAGUGUUACAUACAGAAAUGGACAUGCAAUUACCUAAAGUCGUUUCAGCUCAACGUACUCUAAAAGAAAUGAAUUCAAACUGUACAAUAGAAACCUUUUUUGAGAUCAUUACAAGUGAAAAUGCUUUAGAUUUAUUGAGUAAUUUUGAUGUGAUUUUGGAUUGCACUGAUAAUGUACCAACACGUUAUUUACUGAACGAUGCAUGCGUUUUAUUAAAUAAGCCACUUGUAUCUGGGAGUGCAUUGCAAUUGGAUGGACAAUUAACUGUUUACCAUUAUGGAAAAACAGGACCAUGUUAUCGUUGCUUAUUCCCUGUACCACCACCACCUAAAACGGUAACCAAUUGUGGAGAUGGGGGCGUUCUAGGAGCCGUAACUGGUGUAAUAGGAUCAUUACAAGCACUUGAAGCUAUCAAAGUCGCUAUUGGUGGUGAUGUUCUAAGCGGACGUUUACUUAUAUUUGAUGGGGCUAGCACUAGUUUUCGUAAUAUAAAACUGCGUGGUCGACGUUCAGAUUGCAGCAUCUGUUCAAAUAAUCCAAUUAUCACACAACUUGUGGACUAUGAGGAGUUUUGUAGUAUGCAUGCCUCAGACAAACAGCAGCGCUUAAAUAUUUUAACAGAAGACCUGCGCAUAACCGCAAAUGAAUAUGCUGACGUUAUAGAGAAACCCCAUUUAUUAAUUGAUGUGCGAUCAUCUAUAGAGUUUGAAAUAUGCUCUUUACCGAAAUCUGAAAAUAUGUCAUUAAAGGAUGUAUUAAAUAACAAAUUCUUAGAACGUUUUAAGAAAGAAAUAGAAGAUAAAAUACCAAUAUACAUGUUGUGCCGGCGUGGAAAUGAUUCCCAAAUAGCAGUUGAGCACAUGAAAAAUAAAUUACCAGAACAUAAUAUCAAAGAUAUUAUUGGUGGACUUCAUGCUUGGCAUUUGAAAGUUGACCCAAACUUUCCUAUUUAUUAAUUUAUGUAUCUUAUAUAUAUAUAUAUAUCUUGUAAGCGUAUUUGUGUUGUGAUCAAUUAAGUGUGGAAUCAAAAUUAAAAGA